AUGAGACAAGCAUCGCUCAACGAAGAACUCGAAUCCAUCACUCGAGAUUAUGAUUAUGGUAUCGUCCCUGGGUCAGCCACUAUCUUUGUUCUCGAUGAGAUAGAAAAUUUGGGUCGGCUGGAUCUGACGCUUUUGGAAGGUGUCAUGAUUGUCGUGGAAGUGAAUAGUCAAGGAUAUAAGAUCACGUCACAUUCUCCACUGUAUAGUGGCGCAUCGGCUUUGGCAACGACACAAUCCAUUCUAGCACACAUCAACCAACCGUUUGAAACCAUGGAGAACCUGCUUAUGACCGUCUCGCCCAUGUUUUGCCAACGAUUCCAAGAAGUUCUGUACGAGAAAUUGCAAAGCGUCAACCAA